AUGCCGGGCAUGGAAAUCAGGCCGUCUACUUCACCGGUCACGGUAGCUGUCAUGGGCUGCGGUCAGCGCGGACGGGCGUAUGCGGUGUACGCUGAGCGCCACCCCGAUGCGUGCAAGAUCGUGGCCGUGGCCGAGCCUCGCCCGAAGACGCGCGCGAUGAUGGCCAAAGAGCAUUCUGUCGACGGCAGCCUCAUCUUCGGAAGCUGGAAGGACUUCCACGCCGCAUCCGCAGAGACGAUUGCGACGAUCGGUAAACGCCUUGCAGACGCCGUCCUUAUCGCGGUCCAGGACCACAUGCACGCCGAACUCGUAGAGGCGUUUGCCGCGCAGGGAUACCAUAUCCUGUGUGAGAAACCUAUGGCUACCUCCGUCGAGCACUGUCUGCGCAUCGAGGACUCGAUCAAAAAGGCGGGCGUGAUCUUUGGCAUGGGACAUGUGCUGCGAUACUCUCCUUAUAACCAAGCGCUGUCCGAGGUCCUGCGCUCCGGACGGCUCGGAGAUCUUGUCAACGUCGUGCACAUUGAGCCCAUUGGCCACACGCACUUCACCCACUCAUAUGUGCGCGGUAAUUGGGCAAAGGAGAAGGAAUCCUCUUUUUCGCUCAUGACCAAGAGUUGCCACGAUAUUGACAUUAUGUGCCAUUGGCUAUCACCCGACAAACCGGCUCGUAUAUCGUCCUUUGGGGGUUUGCGACACUUCCGCAAGGAGGCCAAGCCUGAACCGGCCGGUCAAGCGACUCGGUGCCUCGACUGCCCCAUGGAGCGUUCUUGCGCAUACAGCGCUAAGAAGAUCUAUCUUGAGCCUGUGGCUGCAGGGAAUACUGGCUGGCCUGCGGCAGUCAUCGUUGAUGGCCUAGCAGACAUAGAGAACAUCGGGGACGCACUGCGUAACGGCCCCUAUGGCCAGUGCGUGUACGAGAGCGAGAACGACGUCUGUGACAAUCAGGUCGUGAAUAUCCAAUUCGUGUCCGGUGCCACGGCGUCGUUCACUAUGAUCGCAUACACCCUCCUGCAGUGCGAACGCCAGUCGCGCUUGCACUUCACGCACGGAGAGAUCAUCGGGGACAUGACUGACUUUACUGUCAACGACUUCCGCGCAAACACGUCCAAGCGGUACUCGCCUCUUCGCGAAGGCGGCGGCCACGGUGGCGGCGACCUCGGCCUCAUCCGUACCUUCAUCGAGGCUGUGCGAACGGGAAGGCAGGAUAUUCUCGGCACCGACGUCUCCGACGUGUUGAAUAGCCAUCUGACGGUGUUCGCAGCGGAGGAGAGCAGACGGAAGGGCGUGACGGUGGACUGCGCACAAUUCGAGAAGGAUGCUCGCGCCGCUUGGGAACAGAAUAAACUGUAG